ACUGAUAAGAGGAAGAACUUAAAUAGAACAUCCUCCUUACUUUCUUUCACCAUCCUAUUAACAUCCUUGCUCAUCAUGUCUUCUGAAGCAAUCAAAGGAAGAUUGCAAGACGCUGAGAAAUCAGCUGAAAAGACGGCAAGUGACCUAAAAUCGAAAGCAUUAGAUGCUUCAAAUGACUUGAAAGCAAGAACACAAGAUGCAACAAAUGAUUUAGGAUCAAAAGCACAAGAUGCAAUCUCUUCCAUCAAAGGAAAGACAACAACAGAUCCUUUAGGAUUCGUUCCAAAUUUCUCAUUUACCGAUUAUGUUCGUUUCUUUUCUGCUGGUGCACUUUGUGCAACAAUCACACAUGGUGCAAUGACACCUGUUGAUGUUGUAAAAACAAGACUUCAAUUAGAGCCAAAAGGCAGUAAGCUAGGAAUGGCCUCGAUGGCACGUUCAAUCGUUGCAUCCGAAGGUGCUGCUGGUUUGAUGACAGGUUUCGGUCCAACAGCUGUUGGUUAUCUUAUUCAAGGUGGUUCGAAAUUUUGCGGUUUUGAAGCAUUUAAACGUGCAGGUGUUUUGAUGGCAGGUUCAGAAGCAGAAGCACAAAAGCAUCGUACUUUAAUUUAUAUCGGAGGUGCUUCAGCUGCAGAAUUGAUUGCAUCUACCCUUCUUACCCCUUUGGAAGCUGCAAGAAUUCGUUUAGUCUCUCAACGUGGUUAUGCUAGCGGUUUGGCAGGCGCAAUGACAAGAAUGGCAUCCGAAGGUGGUUUCCGUGAAUUCUAUGCAGGUUAUAUUCCAAUCUUACUCAAACAGAUUCCAUUUACCGUUGCACAAUUCACUGUCAACGAAUACUCUCAUGAAUUCGUCAAUAAUAACAUUUCUGAAGAAUCAAUCAAAGCAUACGGUAAAACAGGAGAAGUUGGUGUUUCAUUGGGUUGUGGUUUGGCUGCCGGUAUUGCUGCUGCAAUCGCAUCUCAUCCUGCCGAUACACUUUUAUCAAAGAUUAACAAAGGAGGAGGUGGUUCAGGUGGUACACUUUCUAGACUUGCUCAAUUGACAAAAGAGACUGGAUUUAUGGGAUUAUGGGCCGGUCUCGGUACACGUAUCAUCAUGCAAGGUGCUUUGAUUUGUGCCCAAAUGGCUAUCUAUGACCAAAUCAAGAAAGGCCUAGGAGCGCCAGCAGGUAUUUCCAUUGCCAAAGAAACGAAUGUUGAUUAGAAGUGAUGAUCCUUUGUCUUGCAUACC